CCCCAACACCUCUUGCUGCAGACCCAGCUUGCUCAUCUUUACUCUUCGGAAUUUACAUUCUCGUGGGGCUAGUCUUGGCAGUAGCUGCAGUGCUGUGCAUUGUAAUCCUGAAACAAAAGAGGAAGAAGAGGAUGCGAGCAGCUGAAAAGGAGAAUUCUACAGGUAGGCAUUGCCAGUCUUCCCAACAAUAGAUAUUCACCCAUUUGGGGAGUUACCAUCUAGUUCCAAUCCAAUGGCAUACACACAACAAGCCAUACAAUGCACGGUUAUUGCCUGCAAAGUACUGAGAGCAGAACUGAUUCGUCUUAUUCUAAUUAUCUGUUAGCGAUCGCUAGGGGCAUCUAAGUGCCAAUUGCUCCAUAAAUGACUUUGCUCACCAGUAUUAAUCAUUUUGAUUAUGGUGCACAUGCACACAUCAUUUACUGAUAUAUCCUUGGAUUUGCCCUUGGAUAACCAAAAGCAGGAAUGGCUUUCCCAUUACCACGUGAUAGUUUGUUGGCUUUACAUUCCUUGGACCUAACUGCAUUUACAGCAGAGCUUUCCAAACUUUUCAUAUUGGUGAUACUUUUUAGACAUGCAACAUUUCACAACAUAGUAAUUCAGUUUUUCUAGGAAACUGGAGGUUAAACUCACCCCUUUUCAGCCCCAGGAAGAGUGCGGGGAGCGUUUGCGCGACACACCUACACACUGCAGUGGACACACUAAUGUGUCACGGCACACCAUUUGGAAAGCUGUGAUUUACAAGCUUAACCUGGCUGUACCUCUUCCAGAAAUAUCCUGGGAAAUGUAAUUCCAUUGGCAGUGGUAGAAAUACUUAACAGAGUGGUCUCAGCUCCUCCACAAACUACAAUUCCCAGCAUCAUGGGAGUUCAAAAUGAUAUAAAUUGUGCUUGUCAUGUACCUGUGUCUUUUGUUUCUGACCUUUCCCCCAUGAUCUCACCUUGGAUAUUUCAGGGCUUGCCCCCUUCCACCAGCAUGCUACAAGGGGGCUGACUUUGGAGCUGUUCUUUGGGAAAACUCUUCCCGUCUCUCUUCCCAGCUACUGUUGCCUAGGCAACUGAAGCCCAUGGCAGCCUAUGGCCUGCUUGGGAGUAGGGGGUGACUAGGAAGGGAAAUAAUUUUGUGACCAACAGUUCUUUUGUAAGCCACCUUGAGUCCCAUCAGGGGAAAAUGGCAGGGUACAAAUAAACAUAUAAGAAGAAGAAUUCUUCCUGGAUAGACCCUAGAACAAUCUUGAAUGGGUUGGAGAAGUAACAGCAGGAAGGAUUCACAUCUGGGUCCAAUUUCAAGGCAACUGCCUGGGCUAUUCAGGGGCCAAUGCCAGUCCCAUAUAUCUUAGUUCACUUUCCUCUUUUAUUAUCAUGUUCUGCUUAACUGAGUUAUGAUUUUCUUCUUGUCGCCUCAUACAAGACGUCCCUGAAGAUUUCAGAUGCUGUGAAGAGGGGAAUGCUAAUGGUGAGCACGGAGGGAACUUUUGUAAGAGUAUAACCUAGGGGCGAGGCUAGGAAACCCUUUUCAGCCCUACUGGGCAACCUUAAUGGGGGAAGGCACAUGCCACUGACAUGCGGGGCCACAAGGAAAAGCGGGUGGAGCAAUGAAGGUAAAGGACCCCUGACCAUUAGGUCUAGUCAUGGCCGACUCUGGGGUUGCGGCGCUCAUCUCGCUUUACUGGCCGAGGGAGCCGGUGUACAGCUUCUGGGUCAUGUGGCCAGCAUGACUAAGCCGCUUCUGGCAAACCAGAGCAGCGCACGGAAACACCGUUUACCUUCCCGCCGGAGUGGUACCUAUUUAUCUACUUGCACUUUGACGUGCUUUCGAACUGCUAGGUUGGCAGGAGCAGGGACUGAGCAAUGGGAGCUCACCCCGUCGCGGGGAUUCGAACCGCCGACCUUCUGAUCGGCAAGUCCUAAGCUCUGUGGUUUAACCCACAGUGCCACCUGCGUCCCCAGUGUAAAUGUUACCUUUGCAUAUUAGGUAAGGUUCUGUAGCCACUCACACACCCCUCUCCAUCCUCCAUCCAGGGGAGCUAGAUGAGAUAUUAUCAGAGUUCAAGAACACAUUUCAGCCAGGCAAAAACACUCAAGGAAGGGGUGAAGAAACCAUCAGUAAUGAUUGUGGGCUGGGGAGGGGCUGUGGGCUGCAGAAAGCACAGAGGGUCAGAGAAGAGAGCAUUGGAAAGCAGCACCCAGCCCACAGACCUGAGGUGCUUCACUCCCUGACCUAUAGACAUUGCUGCUGCUGAUGUUCUAAAAGGCAAGGGGGCCUCUUAUCCUACACUUCUCUACUGCUUUCACAUUUCUCAUUAAGCUGUUUCUCUUUCAGAAAAUGAGAAGUGUGUCAUUGCCUUUGAAAAUGAACCUCACAAAGGCCACAGUAGCAGUCCAGGAGAUGGCGAUCCUGAAAUACUUAGGUGCCCACAUUCAAAUGAUGCUUUAAACACUGCCAGAGAUGACGCCUUAAAGAGAGAAGUGCAGCAUAUUGCUAUGGCAGGAAGUGAUGUCACGGAGGCAGCUUCCCUGACUUCCUGUGAUAAAAAAUGCAACCCCACCUUUCCACUGCCGGCAACGGAACUCGGGGCAACUGAGUUGGUGACCACCAAGACUACUCAGGAGAGCGUCAUCUGGGACGAGGAGGAGUCGGAGUCAUAGCAACAAGUUCUAGAGGGCUGAGUCUUGAAGACUCUCCCUCAAGCAUCAUAAAACUCCCUUUCAACUCAAAAGAGGAGUAGUGGAUGGACAGAUUUACAAAGGGCUUGCCUCAUUGUAACUGGAAGGGAGUUUGUUAUUUCCCACAUUGUAAGAUGUUGAAACAGUCUUUUAGCUGCCAGAAACUCCCAGCAAUUGCUUUAAGAAAAAGGAGACUACUGGGGCACUUUAUACCAAGGGCAGGAGAUUUCAAGCCUGGCUAUUCUUAUUGGCCCUACUCAGGGCCCCCUUGGAGGGCUUUUACCUGGCUGGAAUGUGCCCCUGAACUGUGACAAUUCCUCUUGCUUGCCUGGAUGUAGGUGUGUGCAUGUGUGUGAGAGAGUGUGAACUGCUGUUUUUUGGCAGAGCUGGAAUGCAGCCUGCUGUACAAAGGAGAGUCACUUCCCCUGCACCACCCAUUUAUGUCUCUAGCCAUUCCCACUACUGCCAUCCCCACUGCUACUGCACCCCACCCCAACAACAAAAUGUGGUCCUUGGGUUGAAAAGCGUUUUCCCACCCUGCCAAGGCAUCCCUCCUCUGUAAUGUUUUGAAUUGGAGAAGCUCUGGAAAAUGUGUAUCUCAUGGAAUAAAAUGAUUGCUUUGAGCUCACAUUUACCUUAAUCUUAAUUUCCGCACCCUGAAACUCCCCUGGCAAUAUGAUGGUGAGUUAUUAAGUGGAAUGAAAAAUGAUGACUGCAAGUGGACAGAAAUACCCAGUGGAAGUUUAAAUGAGCUAUUUGAACCACUAAGGAGCAUAUUUUUUAAUGUUUAAAAUUAUUUUUAUUCCACAGUGUUAUAUAAUUCUUUUUGAAAACAGCUUUGAUUGUGUGUGUGGUUUUUUUUACAAGCAAGCGGUG